GUCGGGACACAGUGAGGAGAGGUUGAGGCCAGUGCGAAAGGAGUGUACCGACAUUUUCUGUUAACAGUGAAAGCACAUUUGAUGCCAGAUGGGAGGCUGUUGCACUAGAACGAAGACGCUGGAAACGGCAGUCCAAAGACCGCCCGUAGCCAUGCAGAUCCAGGGAAGCGUCGUCCUCAUCACGGGGGCAGCUCGGGGCUUGGGUCGAUGCUUCGCCGAGACACUCCUGGGUCGCGGCGCCAAGGUGUGUCUGACGGACAUCGAUGCCGAAGCAGGCGCAGAAACCGUGGCGGAACUUCAGGCGCAACAUGGCAGCGACAAUGCAAUGUUCUUCAAGUGUGAUGUCACUAAGGAUGAUGACUUCAAUGGGGCGUGGGACGCGGCUGUCGAGCAGUUCGGGCCCGUGACGCUGCUCGUCAACAACGCCGGCCUCGGCAACGAACAGAACUGGCAGCUCACACUCAACGUCAAUAUUGGCGGCUGCACGCGUGGCACCCUGCUGGCCUUGGAGCGCAUGGGCGUGAACAAGGGCGGGGCCGGAGGAUCGUAGUCACGUCCCAGCUACAGGG